AGUUUUCUCUAGUACUUACAAAAUGUGGUUGAAGUUUACUACACUUUUUGCAAUUUUUGCAACAAUUUCCCUGUCUGGGGGCUACAAAAUAACACCUAAUGUGAUUGAUGGCGUUCCUGGGUUCGUGAAUGUUACACAAUCUUUACCUCCAUUUAUAAAGAUCGGCUCCAAUUUAUACAUUAUUGAAAGUAAUGGAGAUAAUUGGUAUGCUGCUUUCGAGUCAUGCAAACAAAAGGAUGCUGAUUUGGUAGCUUUUGAAAGCUUAGAGGAAUUGAAACUUGUAUCUCAGUACCUUAUUGAUAACAAAAUGGCUGCACAACAUUGGACUUCGGGCACUGAUUGGGCCAAACAGGAUAAACACGUUUGGUUUUCAAAUGGACAGCCCGUGGCUUCGGAUUUAUGGCUCAAGGGAGAGCCAAAUAAUGAAUUCAAAGCGGAACACUGCGAUGAGCUGAGAAUCAAACCGGGUGUAGGAGUGGGCCUGAAUGACAAAAACUGCUCUUUUAAUCUUGGAUACAUUUGCAAGGCACCCCAUCCGAAAACAGCUUCUUUUAUCGUGUGGUAGAUUGUCCACCAAAUUAUUGGAAGAGUUUUGUUUAAGUCCGAACAUCUACCAAUAACAUAAUGCCAAUAUUGCUCGGAAAUUUGUUUAUGGAAUGGAGUCUUUUUUUAAUCAAUUCAAUUUUAAUCUUGACCAGGAUCACUAGUUGGGUCACUCCAUAUGAUCGUGCCAACUCUAUUGUCAUCAAAGCACUCAAUACAAUCGCUCCUACAGUUUGAAUGCUAUAAUAAAAAGUUGAACAUAUAUAUUGCUCUUAUCAGUACUAAUCAAUAAACAUACAAAAAUGUUGCCACGUCCUCUCUUUUGCAAGGCACUCCAGCCAAAAACAGCUUCGUUUAUCGUGUGGUAGAUUGUCCACCAAAUUAUAGGAAGAGUUCUGUUUAAGUCCGAACAUCUAUCAAUAACAUAAUGCCCAAUAUUGCUCGGAAAUUUGUUUAUGGAAUGGAGUCUUUUUUUUAAUCAAUUCAAUUUUAAUCUUGACCAGGAUCACUAGUUGGGUCAAUCCAUAUGAUCGUGCCAACUCUAUUGUCAUCAAAGCACUCAAUACAAUCGCUCCUACAGUUUUAAUGCUAGAAUAAAAAUUUGAAGUGAUA